AUGUCCUUCCAAACGAACUCUGAGAGUGUACUCAGAUACUCAGCUGAACAAAUGCAACACGAUGGUCUUCUUAACGAACAAGAAAACAAACUUCUUGCUGAUUUCUUUAACACGCUUGCAACCGAAGAGCCUCCGAGCAAUAUGAUGGACCUCACGCCAGCUCCAGUUCCGUUCUCAGAUGCGGGGUCUCAAUCAUCUGUACCGACGUCUAGAGGGUUUCCACCAGGAUUUGGUCAAAAUUUUGAAUCAGGCACUGGAUAUCCCGGGUAUAUAUAUCAACAUGUCGCCUCUGAUCCUAUCACCAUACCAGCCAAUAACGGCUACUCACAGCCUCCGAAUCUUCAACAAGCUCUCCGUGUUCAUAAUACCUUUGUACAACCCUCAUAUCCUUUAUCUCAUCAGAUACAAACUUUGAGUAAUGGGGUAAUGCAUAGUGUUGGAAAAUCCAAAUCAGUCACCAGCAAUCAAUCAUCCCCAUUAUACAUCAAAACAGAGCCUAUCAACAUAAAUCGAAGACAACGUUCUCCUUCACCACAGUCAAGUUCGAUUUCCAAACAGCCUUUAAAACGAACUCCUUCUCGACGAAAAUCAAUCAAAAAUGACUCAACUGCGAUAUCAUUAGAAGCAAAGCAGGAAGAAGGCAGCAAUUCAGCAUCGUCGACAACACACUCACAGGCAUUGUCUUCAGCAUCAGGAAUAAAUGGUGCAUCAACUUCUUCAGCACCUGGAUCUCCGAAGAUAUUAUUAACGCCUGAAUCGAAUAAUAGUCAACCUCCAUCAACACCAGCACCAAACCGAAGAGGAAAGAAAGGGCAUCACGAACUUUUAACCGAAGCCGAGAAAAAGGCAAAUCACAUUGCAUCAGAACAAAAAAGGAGACAAAACAUACGUCUAGGUUUCGAUCAGUUAGUUGAAAUUGUGCCGACUCUUAGUCAAUGCCAUAGGAGUGAGGCAUUGAUCUUACAAAAAUCUGUGGAGUAUAUCCAACAACUUCUAAUGCAAAAGAACGAAUUGAAAGAACGAGUUAAAUCUUUACAGGCUACGCUUGGUGAUGCUCCUGAUCAUCUGGAUGACUCGUCUUCCGAUGGGGAACUUGACCUAAUUUUCUGA